UGAAACCAAAAAAAAAAUAGGACUGAGCAUCCGGAGUUCCCAGGAGGAAGAACCCGUGGACCCCCAGCUGAUGCGCCUGGACAAUAUGCUCCUUGCAGAGGGGGUGGCUGGCCCCGAGAAGGGGGGUGGCUCGGCAGCUGCAGCCGCCGCUGCCGCCGCUGCGGGAGGGGUAUCCCCGGAUAACUCCAUCGAGCACUCUGACUAUCGCAACAAGCUCUCCCAGAUCCGCCAGAUCUACCAUUCGGAGCUGGAGAAGUAUGAACAGGCCUGCAAUGAGUUCACGACGCAUGUGAUGAACCUGCUUCGGGAGCAGAGCCGCACGCGCCCCGUGUCGCCCAAGGAGAUCGAGCGCAUGGUCAGCAUCAUCCACCGCAAAUUCAGCUCCAUCCAGAUGCAGCUGAAGCAGAGCACGUGUGAAGCCGUCAUGAUCCUGCGCUCCCGCUUCCUUGACGCCAGGCGAAAGCGCCGCAACUUCAGCAAACAGGCCACAGAGGUGCUGAAUGAGUACUUCUAUUCGCACCUGAGCAACCCGUAUCCCAGCGAAGAGGCCAAGGAGGAGCUUGCCAAGAAAUGUGGCAUCACAGUCUCGCAGGUCUCAAACUGGUUCGGGAACAAGCGCAUCCGCUAUAAGAAGAACAUCGGCAAGUUCCAAGAGGAAGCCAAUAUUUACGCCGUGAAAACGGCUGUCAGCGCCGCACAGAGUGGGGGCGACUCCCCCAACACCCCCUCCUCCGCGGGCUCGGGCGGAUCCUUCAAUCUCUCCAACUCCGGCGAUAUGUUCAUGGGCCUUCAAGGCCUGAAUGGAGACUCCUAUCCUACAUCGCAGGUGGAAUCCAUGCGUCACUCCAUGGGGCCAGGAGGCUACGGGGACAGUAUGGCCGCUAGCCAGAUGUACAGCCCACGAGAAAUGAGGGCCAACGGUGGCUGGCAAGAAGCAGCCACCCCCUCCUCCGUGACCUCCCCAACAGAAGGUCCCGGCAGCGUCCACUCCGACACCUCCAACUGAACCUCUUCUGCCAUGUGUCUCCCUCCUCACCUGUCUCGUCCGUUCUGGCUCCAGAGAAGAGGCCAAUGCCAAACUAGGCAGGGGAGGGAAAAUCUCCCUGCCAAGAGAUUAACUGCAUCACAGUAUCAGAAAGGGGCUGGGGAGGGAAAUCCAAUAUGGCACCUCUUGGGAUUUUCAGUGGCAGCAAUCCUUUGGGGAAGAUUCCUUCAGGAUGUGACCGUCGUGACCCAGAAUGGUUAAUCUUUCCACAAUCCUGAAUGGCGCCUGUUAGUAACCAAGAUGCAACUCUAGAAAUGGUGAAGGGGACCCAAUAUAGUCACAUCGGUGGGUGGAGGGUGGGAGGGAAGGGAAAUCCCAAAUGGCGUAUCGACUCGGAGGGGCUGGGGGGGGGGGGGGACAAGCCAGUGUGAUACCUGCAACUUGAUGUCAUCAUCUGUUGGAUCAGUCUCAUAGAGAACGCCUGUCUAAGAGGACCCAAGGUGGCAUUUGGCUGUGUAUUAUGGGAUGCAAUUCAAGAUGGCAACCUAGCAGGGUCACUCAGCAAUCGGAUGGUGAAAGUUGCUUGCCUAGUAAGGCUCGAGUUGGCAUCUCUCCAUGAUGGGAUGAUUCCAAGAUGGCAAGUUGUGGUCUUUUCGUGUCCAGAUGAAUUACGGCCUGUAUAUUUUAAAACGAGGAAAAACAAUCACAGCAUACGGACUCUGUCCAAACACAAGAUAGGAUCUCCUCCAGCGGUGGGAAUCAAAAGACAUUAUCCCACAGAAGAUACUGCUUUUCCUCAGUCGUGACAAAAGAUUUUGAGGAACCAAGCUGAUGUUACCACCUAGGGUGAAGAAUCCAGUAUGCAUUUCUACGGGAUUAGUUUAUCCAGGGCAUCUUCUUAAGUUGGACACUUUGAAUCCGAAAGCGAUCGUUUCUUGAGAGACAUUGUCUUCAAAAAGGAGGCUGCGUAGGGCCAAGAUAAUGCUCCUCUGUCAAGCGAAGGAACAGAUGGUACCUUAUCAGGGAACGGCGGUAGUGGGUUUUGAAGAUGGCAGAUCAAGGUAGUGGGUGAAGGGGGAAUGUUUAAAAGCACAAAUUUCUUGUCUCCUGGGCAGGAUUGACAGCUGAAAAACAAGUUAGGGAAGCAGCAGGCAAUGAAGAGAGCCAAGCUCAACACAAAUCUCACAUGCUGUACCAUAGCUAUGUCUUCUGUUUCCCAUUACAUUUGCUGUAGUGCUUGAUGGUAUCUAUCCAUUGCUUCCUUUUCUCCUUCUCCCUUUAUUUCAGUUCGUCCUGUGGCAGUCCUUCCUUACUGUCUGUCUGGCCAUGCUUCUGUUUCUCACCAUUUUUGCAUUGUUUAUUUCUUGCGUUUUCUCUGGCGUACCACCACCCGAAGGGCUUUUCUGCCUGAUCGAACAAAGUGCCAUCAGCCAGAGUCACAGACGCUGGUGCAGGCCCGUCCAGUGACAAUAGCACAGUAUGCCAGGACAAAUCAAGUUGGCAGUGUCCAUAGCAUGUGCUGUACACAUAAAAUGUCCCAGAGAUAGUCUUCAGGACAUGUCAAUUAAGGGUAGGGGGAAAGAUCUCGCCAGAGCAAGGAAGCCCUGUCCGAGACUAGGGCCACUGCAACAUAAUAGACAAUACUAGAUAGAUCACUGAUUCUCAGAUCUUGCCCAUUAGUUCACACACGUUUCCACAGGAGGGUAAAGGCCAUUCCCCCAGACAGUUAGGAAAAUAUCUUGAGGGGCAGCGUAAACCCUCCCCUCAUGUGCGAUGGUUCCAAUCCAGAUUGGGCUUCCAUAUAGUUAGACAUUUUUUAUCCGAGAACUCUCAGCAUACCUGUACUUGGUAGGACCUAGGGACAAUUAUCAUGUGGUUAGGCCCCCCAUCCGCACAGAGGAGCAUGAAGGCCCUGUAACCUUGGCUAGCAAACAAAUGUGAAUUGAAUGGGGAUACUUUAGAACAGGGGUCCCUAACGGUCUGUGCGCACUGUUGUAAUUCUGACUCUGUGGGGGUUGAAGCACAAAAUGGCUGCCACAGGAGGCAGAGCCAACCACAGGACAUCAGGGAGCAAGGUUAUGCAUAACUCUGAUAGUAAUCCUUCAACAUUUCAGACAGAAGGGCUGUUUAAAAGUAUUUUUUUGCAUACAUGCAGCUUAUGUUAAGUCAUGCAGGUGAAGAUCCUCGCGUUGUGAUGGAAACUACUUCCAAAGUUGUUUUUCUUUUAAUCUGCCCUGCUGAACGGAUCUCCAGUGGUCCAUAAAAGGCCCUGCUACUCAGGAGCUCCACAUGACGCAACUCACUUUCUAAAAACACCUAGCAGUUGGCAGAAAAGAUGUCUGCAGGCACAGUGAUAGGCACGGGCACCAUGCUGGAGACCUUUGCCUUGCCUAGGAAUAAGUGCAGGGGUCCCAAGACAGGGAGUAGGUUUCCUAGAAGAUAACCUGAUAAGAAAAAGAUUCUUCCCCAAAGGUUGUUUUGGACACCACUAUAAUAUUUAUCAAAAAAAAAGCUGCAUUUUUCCAAAGGAUCAUAUAUUAUGCUCAAUGUGACAUCCUUCCAGUAGAAUGCAAAAAGACAUGUUGAUGGUACACAUGAUUUAGUAACAGAUGUGCAUUUAUUGUGGGGGGGGGGGGGGGGCUAAUCACGCAGAAAAGCUCUGAAGCAUUAGUACAGUUUGUGCUUCCAUUUUUCCUUCAGCCCCAAAAGAGGCAUCUUGGAAAAACAUCACUUAAUGGAAGUUCCAUCUUCAAUUCUCCCCUCCAGCCCACUACAACGCAAAGGGAAUGUAACCGGUUCUAGGAAAGCAAAUAAAGCUUUUCCCCAGCAUAGUGCGUAGGUCAGAGGACUAAUUCCAGAAUUAGGUAGGGUACUUUCCCCACCAGAAAUAGGAUGAGUGUGUAAAUAGUUUGCGUGAAGAGUGAAUGACCCGAGUGAAAAAGGCCGAACGGAGGAAGCAGGCAAAAAAUCUAGUGAGGGAAGGAGAGAUGGGGUGGAUUGAAAUCCAUAUAGAACAGGUGACAAGAAACAGGAUAGGUACUGAAAAUAGGAGGCGUGAGGAAUACAGUUUGGUGCAGAAGCCAAAAUGAGAAAGGGGGAAGUAAGCCAAUUCAGACAUAGGGUCUGAAGGGAAACAUUAAGGAUUUUUUUUUUAAUGUCAGGAAUGCUGAACAAAGGGGUUGAAAAGAAUCUCACAAAAAGAUGUCCUGGACCAGAGAAGGGUGGGGAUUGGAAGGUUAAUGGUAAAGAAUAUAGUGUAGGAAAGAUCGAAAAGCAACACACAGAUGACAAUUCAAGACGGCAUCUUCAGCCACGAAAAGGAUGAGGAAAUUUGACCCGGAAAGAGAGUUCUUUGGUGGGACUGAAAAGAUACCAAAACACAAUGCAGAGAAGGAAUGUGAAGAUGGCCAUGGAUUGUGGACGGAAAUAAAAGUAAAAGCCCCAAAGCUGAAGGGAUUCAAACGUGACAUCCGUGAGAAUUUGGAUGGUGCGAGAGACCUAACCAGGAGCAACGCAAGCCCACACGGACGUUCUCACUUGCUCUCCUCUUCGAUUGCUGGAGGGCUCCAUGCUAGUCAGUCCAAUAGCUUUAUUACCUCAUGGCGCAAGGAAACCAAUAGAGACUUGGGACAGAGACCUUUUGAACCUGCUACCUCUGUGUGCCCGGGGGCGGGGGCUGCGCUGCAAAGCCCCCCAAACCUGCCCUGUUACCCUUGACAAAAAAUUGGAGGGGGGAGGAGGGCUUAUUGCGUGACUGGCCAUUUGAUUUGUUCUGGGCUCUCUUUUUUUUGGCUCUCGAUUUCCUUUGCUUUUAUUAUCAUCAUUAUUAUUAUUAUUUUCUUCUAUAAAACUGAAGAGAAGUUUCACCCUGGGAUUCAUUUUGGAACAGGAUUUGAGAACGGGACGGGGAAGAAAGUCAGCCGCUGUUGCAACUGCUGGAGUAUAAUGGCAGAAUCCUAAUUAUGUUUUGCACCAUUGUGUGACGCACGAAGCUCUCCCGUGCUCAGUUCACAAAGGCACUGCACGGUGCAGGAGAAGCUGGAAACAUAGCUGUCUUAACAAGGGAAUUGCAUCAGUACGUUUUGUAAAGCGGCACUAGCUGUUCGACGCUGUGAGGAACUUCUUCUCACUGCUUGCUCCGCAGAGCGGCCGCUGCAACAGUUUGCAAGCGAGAGCUGGGCCUCGAAAGGCCUGGCGGCAGCCAUUUUGUUUCAUACUGCAAAAAAGGGUUGUCGGCUUGCCAAAUUUUGACUGGUUUGCUUUAUUGUUUUUUUUUAAUUCCCAGGAUGUGUUUCUAUUUCAAAUGGUUGUUCCUUAAGGUUUUAAACAAAACAGAAGUAGUAGGAAUAACGGUUUGGCACUGAACGUCGCAUUUGAUGGUUUUUUUCACACAAGUUCAGAAUGUGGCCAUUUAAUAUAACCAAAAAACUUCAGCAGAAAA